CGAGGUUAUCGUCGUCGAUGAUGGCUACCAUGGAGCCAGAAGCGUUGCAAAUGAAGGACGUUGACGUCAAUGGCGGAAUUGAGGAAUUGCCCCAAGGAAACAAACUUGAGUUGGAUGCUAUCAUUAUCAGUGGUCCAGUUGUCAGGAAAAAACAGUUUCUACACUAUCUUGGCCUGGUCUUGGACCAAUUCUGGCUGCAAAGCAAGGAUAUCCAGUCGAAACGGUCGACGAUCAUUGAAUUACUACCUUCUUUUGCCUGUGGUGCGGUGGAGUGCAAUGACCUUUAUUCACUUCAGGAAAUUGUGGGAAAGAUGGAUGUGAACUGUGGAGACUAUGAUGACGUCAAACCCAUGCACAGUGCCGUCGAAUGUGGCAAUCUUGAAAUGGUGAAGUACCUGAUGAAGAGGGGUUCGUCUUGGCAACUGAUGAAUCACUUCGGCGAUAACCCCUUAUCCCUGGCCAUCAAGAACAGGCAUUUUGGUCUCAUCAAGUAUCUGAAACUGAAUCAAGCAGUCCUCAAGAUGCCACUAGUGAGAGCAGCAAUGCUCCUACAAAAAGCUGUGGCCAGGAGGGAUUUCUCUGAGCUGUACGCUUGGUCCCUGGCUGGGCUGGACAUGGAUGAAAAGGACUACAAUGGCCGCACAGCCAUGCACCUGGCUGUGCGCAUGCGUGACAAACAGCUAGUGCAGGCUCUGCUGCGCUAUGGGGCCACGCCUUUGGAGAGGGAUAUCUGGAACCAGACUCCACUGGAUGAGGCUCGCAAACACAACUUGGAUGGAAUCCUGCCACUCUUUCAUCCAUGCUUCACUGUGAAGUUUCCCAACAAACAAGCCUAUUUGCAGCACAUACAAGCCGAGAAGCUGAAAAUGGGCCCUGACGCUGACCCUAUUUAAAAGGACAGAAGGGGAUAGUUAUGCUGUCAGAUAUAACAUAUUUCUAAUUUAAGUCAUUUUUUGAGUGAUGUUCAGCCAUGUUUCAGCCAUAAAAUUCGUUGAAUCUUGAUGUAGGAGUAAUCAGAAAUCGAUAAUGUAAUGUUAUCAAUAAAUCCGAUCAAAAAAUAAAAAAAAAUG